AUGUCCGAAAUUAUCGAAGAAACGAUGGAUCAGAUCUGGCAGAUCCGGCGUGGGACCAAGCUGGAACCGGGAGGGAGGAAGAACCCUGAUAACUUCCACCACUAUCGCAGAUGGGGCUUUAAUAUCUAUCGAACCUACUAUGGCAAAGAGUCUGAUAAGCAUUGGCAAUCGCUCCUAUACUCUUUGAGGCAUCAGACUAAGCUGGCAUUUGGAGGCUUUGAGGACGACGAGGAAGUAGACCAAGAUGAUAGGCGACGGGUUCAGGAACUAUUUCAUCUGGAUGUUCGGGAGGAUCCCGCUCGGCUGGAUGGUCUCGAUGUUCGAGGUCUUCGGGAAUUCUGCAACGCCGAAAAGCUCAAAGAGACUGAACUUGUCGAGAAAGGCAACCGGAAACUCCGCGUGAGCACGAGGCCGGACGAGAGUCGAGCUAUGGCAGAUUAUCUAUUCAGUUAUAUCUUAGUCGCUGAUGAAGCUGUUUUGAAAGACAUAGAAAAUGGUGAAUUUAUCGUUAAAGCUAUCUCAUUGUCGUGGGAUGGUCACUCCGGAUACGGAUGGGUUCGGAUCCCGACGGGCUAUCUGUUGGAGUUGUGGACAUUUCUGAUGUGGAAUAAAUACCGAACCGAGUUCUGCAUUAGCUUCCGAGGAUCUGAAGAAGAUCUUGCGAACAGUGUCUGGCCUGGAGACGUGGGACUUGACGGUACUGGACGUUGCUCGGAAAUUCGGAGGCGGCGUCACUACAGGAACCAGGAUGAUGAGAUGUACUAA